CGACGAACGCCGCGUUUUGGGGGUCCGGGGGUUUCCGGGGGUGCCGAUUUCCAUCCCGGGGGUCCCGUUGGGACGCCGGGGGUCCCGGGGGGGGCAGUUGGGACCCCCGGGCUGGGGGGGGGGGUGGGCACAACCCAGGAAACAGCGGGGGAUUAGCGCUGGCGUCAAUCCCAUCAGCUCACCCCGGCUGCUCAGGUGAGCCCGGGGCGUCCCCCCCGGAUCCGCGCGGCCCCAAUUAAGGGCUCAGGGACGGGAUUUUGGGGGAGGGGGGGGGGGGUCCGGGCUAAUCCGGGGGCGGGGGGGGGGGGUAUAAGAGCAGGGGGGCGCGGGUGGCCGGGGCAGUGGCGCUGGUGGCACUUGGGGACGAUGGCGACGGGCGUUUGGGACGGGGCGGUUUUCGCCGCGCGCCGGCGGCACGACGACGACGACACCACGCGCGACAGCAUCUUCACCUACACCAACAGCAACAACACGCGCGGUCCCUUCGAGGGCCCCAACUACCACAUCGCGCCGCGCUGGGUGUACAACCUGACGUCGCUGUGGAUGAUCUUCGUGGUGGUGGCCUCGGUGUUCACCAACGGGCUGGUGCUGGUGGCCACGGCCAAGUUCAAGAAGCUGCGGCACCCCCUGAACUGGAUCCUGGUCAACCUGGCCGUGGCCGACCUGGGCGAGACGGUCAUCGCCAGCACCAUCAGCGUGGUCAACCAGAUCUUCGGCUACUUCAUCCUCGGCCACCCCAUGUGCGUCAUCGAGGGCUACACCGUCAGCGCCUGCGGCAUCACGGCGCUCUGGUCCCUGGCCAUCAUCUCCUGGGAGCGCUGGUUCGUGGUGUGCAAACCCUUCGGGAACAUCAAGUUCGACGGGAAGCUGGCGGUGGCCGGGGUGCUCUUCUCGUGGAUCUGGUCCUGCGCCUGGACCGCGCCCCCCAUCUUCGGCUGGAGCAGGUACUGGCCCCACGGGCUGAAGACCUCGUGCGGGCCCGACGUGUUCAGCGGCAGCUCGGACCCGGGGGUGCAGUCCUACAUGGUGGUGCUGAUGGUCACCUGCUGCUUCUUCCCGCUGGCCGUCAUCAUCUUCUGCUACCUGCAAGUCUGGCUGGCCAUCCGUGCG